AUGACUUCCAGCCACCCUCUUUCCACAACAACCAGCCUCGCCUCCAUCGAGUCGCGCGUCCAGGCCGCCUCGCUCGAUCAGCACCGCGGGUACGCCCAGAACCACUACGCCGAAGUCCACCAGGACCACGAGCCAGAGUACUUCGACAAGACCAUGGCCUCGGGUUACCAGUUCCUGCGCGAGCCGCAGUGGAACAAGGGCCUUGCCUUCACCCCGGACCAGCGCAUCAACAAGAACCUCACCGGUCUCAUCCCCCACACGAUCGAGUCCUAUCAGACCCAAUGCGCCCGCGCCAUGAAGAUGAUCCAGUCGCGCCCGACGCCCAUCGACAAGUACCUCUACCUGUCCUCGCUCAAGGCCGAGAACAUUGACCUGUUCUACCGCGUCGUCAUGGACAACAUCCGCGAGCUCAUGCCUCUCGUCUACACCCCCACCAUUGGCGACGUCUGCCUGCAGUACUCAUCCCUCUACACACGUCCAGAGGCCCUGUACAUCUCCAUCAAGCAGCGCAGGAGCAUCCGCACUAUGCUGCGCAACUGGCCCUGCAAGAAGCCCGAGAUUUGCGUCGUGACAGAUGGCUCGCGCAUCUUGGGUCUGGGUGAUCUAGGCAUCAACGGUGUCGGUAUUUCGAUCGGCAAGCUCGCCCUCUACACAGCCGCCGCCGGCAUCGAUCCCUCCAAGACCCUGCCAAUCGUGCUCGACUGCGGCACCGACAACGAGACGAACCUCCAAGAUCCUCUAUAUCUCGGCCUGCGCCAGCGUCGCGUGCCCGUCGACGUCCAGCAGGAAUUCAUGGACGAGUUCAUGGACGCCGUCAAGGACGUCUUCCCCGAGAUGGUGGUUCAAUUCGAGGACUUUGAGACGGAGAAGGCGUUCAAGUACCUUGACCGGUACAGGAACACCCACAGGUGCUUCAACGAUGAUGUGCAAGGCACCGGCGCCGUGGUCCUAGGAGGAUACAUUGGCGCCGUCGAGAACUCGGGCGUGCCCCUGGAGGAGCAGCGCCUCGUCUUCAUGGGUGCUGGCUCCGCCGGUGUGGGUGUCGCCAAGCAACUCAUGGAGUACUACACCCGUCGCGGCCUGACAACGCAGGAGGCCCGUGACAAGUUCUGGCUCGUCGAUACCAAGGGUCUGGUUACCCACGACCGCGGCGACCGCCUUGCGGAGCACAAGAAGUACUUUGCCCGCACGGACAACCGCGAGCGCCAGUUCCGCACGCUCGAGGAGGUCAUUGAGUACGUCAAGCCCAGCGCCCUCGUUGGCCUGACCGCCACCUUUGGCUGCUUCACCGAGCCCACGAUCCGUGCUCUCAAGUGGUCUGUCGACGCCGGUGGCGCGGGCCGCCGCCCCAUCCUCUUCCCCCUCAGCAACCCCCUCACCAAGGCCGAGUGCACCUUUGAGCAGGCCAUGGAGUGGACGGACGGCCAGGCCAUCUUCGCCUCGGGCUCGCCCUUUUCCCCCAUCACCAAGAACACGGGCGGCGAGAGCGGACCCGUGACGUACCUCCCCAACCAGGGCAACAACGUCUACGUCUUCCCCGGCCUGGGUCUGGGUGCCAUCCUGGCCAAGGCCACCCGCGUGACGGACGAGAUGGUGUACACGGCCGCCGACGCGCUGUCUAAGUCGCUGACGGCGGACGAGCUCCACGCGGGUCUCAUCUACCCCCGGAUAGAGCGCGUGCGCGAGGCCAGCCUCGUCGUCGCGCGGGAGGUGAUGAAGGCGGCGCGGCGGGACGGCGUGAGCGACCUGCCUGAGGAGCAAUGGGUCGAGUGGGAGGAGUGGGGCGACGUCGCCCUCGUGUCGUUUAUCAAGUCGCAAGUGUACGACCCGGUGUCGUUUGCUGAUGCCAAGGGGCGGCUAUAG